AUGGAGGAGAGGCCGGACCACGGAUGGAAAAGGAAAAAGAAGAAAGAAAGAAAGACGCCGAAGAAUCCGGAUCACCUUCCAGCCAAGUCAAGUGCACGGCCAAGGUGAAGGAACUCGGGUCAGAUGAGCGGCGCGAUUAGAAGUGGCUGUACGUAUCUCGCGUGUAUCUCUUAAUACGCGUCGAAGCUCGUGGUCGCGCUUGUCCGCGCGCGUGUAGGCGUACCGUGACGAACGAGCCGCGGAGAGGUCGGUAGAUUACGCGCGGCAGAUCCCAUAAAAUCACCUCAUUAUCGACCUCAAUCCUCCUCACUUCUUUAUUUCUCGAUAAUUCCUUCGAUCCCUUUCCGCUUUCGCGAACUUUGUUUCCUUCUCUUGGAGUCGGGACCAUUUUAUAAACUUUAUGAAUUUUACAAUUUCUGUUCUCGUUUCAAGUCUGUUAAUUUUAUUUUUGUUUUAUAAAGAUCUCUUGUUUCUGUUAUAUAUAUAUAUAUAUAUAUAUUCCAAUGUGUUUAUAUUUUGACAUUACAUUCCAUUCCAAUAUGUUUAUAUAUUUUGACAUACGAAAGAAUAAAUAUAUUUGAUUUUUGUUAAUAUGGUAGAUCGUUUUAAGUUCCUUAAAAUUUAUUUUAAGAAUUUUGAAGAAUUUUAUUUUUAUUAUAAAUUUGGUACAGGUACGAAGUAAUAUAUAUAAAUAAAACAAAAAUAAUUUAUUACUGUUAUACAUCAAAUCCAAUACUUCCAUCAAUUUCAAUUUUCUUAAAUUCUCACGUUGUGGUUUUGAAAUUUCAUAUCUGUACAAUGUACACAUUGAAAUUUCAUUUCUAAAAUAAAAUUUCAUAACGUCAUGCUUUCUAAAUACAAGAUUUUUAUUUUCUCAUUACCAACAAACGUUUUAACUCUUUCCAUUUUAGAUUUUGGUCUUCCAAUUUAAGUUGCAAUCUCAACGAUUCAUUUUUUCUUCCAGUUCUUUUUUUUUUCAUUAAGAUAUCGUGAACGCAAGCUGUCUCAAAGUUAAAUAUAGAAACCUAAUUGAUGCUUUAUUCUUUUUUUUUUCUUUUUGCAAGUAGAAUGCAUACGUGACUUGCAGAGAUCGCAGAGCAAAGGUUUAUGAGUCUACCAAUUUCUUUUUUUUAAUCUAUAAAAAAGCUCGACGGAUUUCUUUGCAAUAUGUCGUCGAAGUGAAUUGGCAUUUGGCAAUCCACUUUCUUCUUUCGUUCCAAUAAUAAAUGUAUGAAAAGAAACGAAUAUAACGAGCUUCGAAAAAAACGUUUAACAUUUCAACUCAUUAUAAGUCGGUCCCAACUAAUUGGAAAUCCGUGUCUGAUAGAUUACGAAACUUUUUCAAGCCUGAAUUCAAAAAAAUGUCAGUUCUUACUGUUAGUUUAGUAUUUCAAUCAAGUCGACAAUAUAAUUAUUAUUACUUUGUUAUUACUUUUACAAAUUGUUCGUUGUUAUCUGUAUUCAAAUACAGAAAGAUACGAAUAACUGUACUAAUUGCACGAUUUCAAAACGGGGAUCUGUAUCUGCUUUAAGAGAAUGUGUUGUGACACUUCCAAUUUUAAAUUCUGACAUUUUACCAAGUAUCGGCGUUCGAAUAUCGUAAAAAUGGCAUUUAUCGGUAUAUUUAUUUCUCUUGAUGGUCAGUUUAAUUCAUUACACGUGAGAACGAUCAGGUUUGUGAUCGAUCUCGACGGCCGUGCCAUGUUUAUAGUGACAAUAUUCAGUGGUGCGAUAGAGAUGCUGCCCUCGAAGUUGCAGAUAAGGAAACAAUUGGUUUAUUACGCCGUGUAAAACAAGAUUAAACGUAAUAUAUUCUCACGUUAAUCCUUCGUAAUCAGAAUUGCUUCGUAAGCAGAAUUAAAAUCCAUUUUUCAUAAAACAUAUUUUUCAUUCUAAACUUGAAACAAUCUGCCGUAUCUACUUUUCCUCGUAAUAAGGCGAUUCUAAAUUUUGUGCAUGGCUACGUACAAUUUACUUUUCCAUAUACCUUUUCUCGUUAAACUAGAAACGUAAUCCUCUUAAAAAAUUUCUUCUCGCGAUACUUAAGAGAAUUCAAUGGCCACUAAAUUUUAAAUGUAACUAACCCACUUUCCCACAUAUUCCUUACCUUAAAUUUAUCAUAAAAUAAUCUAUAUUCCUCUUAAGAAAUUCUAUGUACGCAAGAUUCUAUACUACAAAAUUCUCUCUGCAAUCCGAUUCUUCCGGAUGAUUCUUUCUUCAAACUCGAAAUGAUUUAUAUUCUUCUCGAAACAUUUCUACGAAAUUCCCACCCUGCGAUAUCUAGAGAAUUCAAUGGUCCCUAAACGUUGAGUAGAGCGGUAGAGGAGUGCUUGAAAUUGCCCGCAGAGAGAGACAGAGAGAGAGGAGCGCGGCAUUGAGAAGGUUGGCGCGCGUGUCUUUUGCGGUCGUCAUUUUUCUCCGACCGGUUACUGUUACUUUACGGGGCCGCGAAUGAUACGGGGCCCGGCCAAGACGACGAAGGCGGAAAAGAACGACGAUUCGCACUCGAGAUAAUAGAAACGUCCAGCCGGUACUUCUGAUAAAAUGGCCAGCAUACGUUAUGCGAACGCGACAUAGUUCGUCGCUCCAUAACGGGAAACGUAAUAACCAGGCUUGUUUAUGCAAAUAUUUAUAUUUUUCAAAAUAUAAUACCAAAAAGAAAAUAGAAUCUCGAUGGAAAAUUGUUUUUAUAGAUUUUUUUUUUUUAUAAAAAAAUUUUUCAAAAUUUCUUGUAAAUGCAGUAGUAAUAACGACGAAGCUCCAGAUUUCAAAUAACGAUUUUAAGAGUGUUUUUUUUCUUUUUUUAUAGUUAUUAACACUCAGGAGAAUUGGCACGGGGAGAUCUGUAAUUUUUGAAAUUGAAAAUAAAAAUGAAGUUUUAGAGUGAAAUAUCAAGUGAA